UCCCGACGCUGCCGCCGCCUCGCCGGUGCGCUGAACUUUGUCUGCGGGAUCGUAUGGCUGCCGCCGCGCCGUGCUGAUGCUCUGAGCCCUGCACAGCUGUGCCCGUCCACCAGCCGAGCCACAGGUCGGGAGCAGUAAGAAGAAGGCGCUCAUGGCAGCCAACAUCUCUGGGGCCGCGCACGGCUCGCUGCUGGAUGACAGCUUUGGGGAUGACCUGGUGUCGGACUGGUACAUCUACGAGACGGCAGAGCCAGCUGCACCGCAGGAUGACAUGUUUCCCAGUACCGUCCCAGACUGCGACCCUACUGUUUCCCCCAGGCUGUACCACACCUGUAUGGCACCCAUCUCCCUGGCCGUGCUGCUGGGCUUGUCCUUGCUGGUGAAACGCAGGCGUCUCCACCGGGACUGCUGGAACGGCAUCCCUGGGCUGCUCAGCCCAGCUAACUUCCUGGAGGAGGAGGGCAACAGAGGGCUGAUGGCUGCGGUGUUUGGCAUCCUCUUCUCCUCACUGUGUGUGCUGGUGCUGGAUGCCGACCCUCUUCCGCUCAUCACCCACUCCUCCCAGCACAGCCGGGAGUACUGGAAGAUCCUGGCUUUGCUCUACUACCCUGCCUUCUACUACCCCUUGGCUGCCUGUGCCACGGUGGGGCACAGGGCCAGCUACCUGCUGGGCUGCCUGCUCUCCUGGUGCCACUGUGUGGUCCACGUCUGGCAGAAGGUGGACUGUCCCCAGUCACCAAAGAUAUAUAGGUAUUACUCCACACUCUCUUAUGUCCCCAUCAUCCUCUGCCUCAUGGUCCUAAGUCUGUGGUACCCAGCCCUGCUGAUCAGGAGCUUCACAGGAAAGGAGGAGACCUCAAACAAGGAGGUUACAGGGAGAGGCUAUUACAAGAAGUACCUCAAAGCUGUGCUGUCCAGGCGGCUGCAGAAGGGGAGCACCCCAAAGCUAGAGGAGAGCUUCCUGUCCCGGCUCCGUGCCUAUCUAUGCUCCUACAUCUAUGCUCCAGAAGAAGGUUUCCAGCUCCCGCUGAAGCUCGUUCUGUCCAUGACCACGUCAGUCAUCGCUGUCUACCAGGUGGCCCUGCUGCUGCUGGUGGCCUUUGUCCCCACCAUCCAAAUCGUGCGAGCAGGCAUGACAAAGGACGUGGUGGUGCUGCUGGUGCAGUUCGGGCUGGUGCCCUCAGAAAACCCAGGCAUGCCGGGGGACAUGGAGAAGGAACUCAGCACCGUCAAGCACUACCUGUGGUCGCUGGAAGUGUGCUACGUGUGCUCGCUGGUGCUGUGCUGUUUGCUGACCCUUGCCAUGCUGCUGAGGACGCUGGUGAUGCACAGGAGCAACCUGAAGGUACUGUACCAAGGGGCUGUGCUCGAUGUCUUCUACAAAGCCCACAUCCUCCGCCCAUCCCGACAAGCUGUUGUCUGCUGGAUGAGCUUUGCCAGUUUCCAGACGGCUUUUGCCUGCCUGGGUCUCCUCAUCCAGCAAGUGAUUUUCUUCAUCUGCUUUGCUGCCUUCACCUUCCUUGUCGUCAUCCCGCUGCAGUCUGGCACAAGCUCAUACCUCUUCAAAAUCGUGCAGAACAUGUGGCCCUUCUGGCUGACCCUGGUGGUGGCUGUCAUCGUGCAGAACGUGGCUGCUCACUACCAGUUCCUGGAGCAACAUCCCCUGCGGAAAGAGCUGACCAACAGACGAGCUCUCUACAUCGUCACUUAUCUGCUGUUUCCCAUCAAUGUGCUGGUGGGGGUCCUGGCAGGGGUCUGGAGGAUGGUUAUCUCUGCCCUCUACAACACCAUCCACUUCUGCCAGUUGGACAUCAGCCUGCUGAACCGUGGUGUGGAGACAUUUGACCCAGGCUACCACGCAUACUGCCACUACCUGAAGACAGAGGUCAGCCAGUCACACCCACUGAUGAGAGCCUUCUGCCUGCUGCUCCUCCAGCCUGUGAAGCCACAGGGGCCACCUGAGCCCCGGACAGGGGACUUAGAGGAAGGCCUCCAGCUGAUGCACACCAAGAAGGCACCAUCGGGAGGAGGCCGAUUGAAACGGAGCCGGGCACGCUGGUGGUUGGCCUACACGCUCCUCAACAACCCCUCGCUGAUGGCCUGCAGAAAAACUGCCCUCUGUGAUCCCACAGCCAACGGAGCCCAGCUCAGCCCCCCCAAGCCCUGACCUCCACCCCCUGCCUUUUCCCUCCUGUCCCAUCCCGCCUCCCGUUGACUUUCCUUCCAUGACGGGAGGAGGUUGGGCACUCCUGUCCCUCUCCAGCAGUGACAGCACUGGUUUGUAGCUCUGGGUCCAUGCGGGAUGCAGAGGUGAUGACACAGUCAAGGCAUGCCAGUCUAAGCCUGAGCUGGGAGCAGAGGCUUGGUGAGCCAAGCUAGACCCUUCAGCCAUCCCAAAAGUCCUCUUAGGGUCAUUUCUGAGAUAAGGCCACUGAGGCCCCCUCCACCAUCACCAUCCCCAUCAUCCUCAUGGAUUUUUCCCAUUUCAUGUGCUCCAUUUUAGGCUGGGAGGUUGCAGAACAGUUUGUCUGGGGCUCCCAUAGCUGUCAUCCUCCAAUUUACCCUACUGGGGCUGUUUCCUCCCAUGCUGCCAUCCCGUUGUUCUCAAAGUCAGCUGUUCUCAAGGACCAGCCAACCCCAAGCCUAUAGAACAGCACCAUGCCUCCUUGGGCCAUGCCGAGCUGGGGAAGAACAAUAAAUUGUAUACCUCAUUGCUACA